AUGGCCCCGCUGGCCAUCCUCCUCGGCCUCGGCGCCGCCCAGUUCGAGGCGCAGUGCGACCAGACGCAACUCUUCAGCGCGCCGCGCGACGCCUACGACGCCUUCAUCGACCUGAUCCCCGACGGCGAGUGGCAGGACGACGACGGCAUCGGCUUCGGCCGCAACGAGGGCGGCAGCCUGAUCUGCGCGAGCGUGAGCCCCUGCGGCGGCUGCUCCAUCACGGGCGAGCGCGUCCGCGACAUGCUGCGCCAGGGCUACGACGACUGCGACAUUGGCGGCUCCGGCAACGACGCCGGCGAGGGCCGCUUCUGGCAGUACCGCGUCGCCGACGGGGACACGUCCAUCCUGGCCGGCGGCGGGCCUUGUCCGGGCACCUUUGGCGUCCCCGGCACGUCGGUCGCGGUCACGGGGAGUUGA